AUGGAUCUCCUCCUAGUCCUAGCACUUGCAGCCAUUGCGUCCGCUGUGCCUCAGGGGUACAACCUGCCUAAGCCCUCUGGCCCUUCCUUUAACGCUGGCAGUUGCGGCCAGGGGCAGGUGCGACACGUGGAUGGCAGCUGCGUUACACCGGUAGUGAGCAGACGUGUGUUUUUGUAUGAUGUGCCACCGAAUGAAGCUGCUGUCAGUCGGCCAAAAAAUAUUCCAAAGCCAAAACUGGAACGCAAUGUGGUAUUUGUAAGACUUCCUGACGGUGCUCAGGGGCCAGACCCGAUUGUUGUUCCACCGCCAAGGCAGCAGCACGUCUUGUUCGUCCUUAAUAAGCAGUCGGAACAGAAUCAGCAGGUGAUCGAGGUGCCAGCACCACCGCCAUCCAACCCCGAAGUGUUCUUCGUCAACUACGCUGAAGGAGAGAACCCGACACUUCCCGGUGGAGUAGAUCUUCAAACGGCGUUAAGUUCUGCUUCUCAAGGCAGUGGCCAAGUCGUUGGUGGUGGCGGUGCAGGAGGAGGAAUAGGCGGUGGUUUUGGAGGCGGAAUCGGAGGAGGUAUUGGAGGCGGGUUUGGCGGUGGAGUCGGUGGCGGUUUUGGAGGUGGGUUUGGUGGGGGAAUCGGGGGUGGUUUCGGAGGAGGUAUUGGAGGCGGAAUCGGUGGUGGCGUUGGAGGUGGAAGUGGAGGUGGUACUGGAGGUGGGAGAUACAGUCCUCCUUCUCGUCUCUACAGCAGGCCGUAA